GCGAUGGGACCCUGUUCCAGCUCUGGCUUCUACGUGAGCCGCUCGGCAGCCCUGCUGCUGGCCGGGCUGGCAGCCGCGAUCCUGCUGGCGCUGGCUGUGCUCGCCGCCCUGUACGGCCACCGCGCGCGCGUCGCGCCGUCGGAGUUUCACAACUGCGGGGUCUCAGACGCCGGGCCUUCCCCUCCGGACGAGCUGGGGGAGUCGCCGUCCGGUCGGAAGCCCGACCCCACUCGUGAGCCGGCAGUGGCGGCCACCCCGGACACGUGGCGACCCUCGGGGCCCUGGGACCAGCAGCGCCUGCCGCCCUGGCUCGUUCCGCUGCACUACGAGCUGGAGCUGUGGCCCCGGCUGCGGCCAGACGAGCUUUCGCCUCCAGCUCUGAGCUUCACUGGCCGCAUUAACAUCACAGUGCGUUGCACCGUAGCCACCGCGAGGCUGCUUCUGCACAGCGUCUUUCUAGACUGUGACAACAUCGAGGUGCGGGGUCCCCUGUCCCUGGGAAAUGGAAACGCCACAGUGGGCCGCGUGCCCGUGGACAACCUGUGGUUCGCGUUGGACAUGCAUUACAUGGUGCUGGAGCUCCGCGAGGCCCUACAGCCUGGGAGCCUCUAUGAGCUGCAGCUCAGCUUUUUGGGCCCGGUGUACCAGGACACUAGGGAGGGACUCUUCCUCAAUUUCUACACCGACCAGGGUGAGCGCAGGGUCCUGUUAGCAUCUCAGAUGGAACCAACAUUUGCCAGAAAUGUUUUUCCUUGUUUUGAUGAACCAGCUCUGAAGGCAACUUUUAAUAUUACAAUUAUUCACCAUCCAAGUUAUGUGGCUCUUUCCAACAUGCCAAAGCUAGGUCAGUCUGAAAAAGAAGAUGCGAAUGGAAACAAAUGGACGGUUACCACCUUUUACACCACACCCCCCAUGCCAACGUAUUUAGCUGCAUUUGCUGUAUGUGACUAUGACCACGUCAGCAGAACUGAGAGGGGCAAGGAGAUACGCAUCUGGGCCCGGAAAGAUGCCAUUGCAAAUGGAAAUGCAGACUUUGCUUUGAAUAUCACAGGUCCCAUCUUCUCUUUUCUAGAAGAUUUAUUUAAUAUUAGUUACCCUCUUCCAAAAACAGAUAUCAUUGCCUUGCCUAAUUUUGACGACCGUGCAAUGGAAAACUGGGGACUAUUGAUGUUCGACGAGUCAUUGUUGCUGCAACCAGAUGAUCAGCUAACAGAUAAAAAGAUGGUGAUCUCUCACGUUGUCUCCCACGAGAUCGGACAUCAGUGGUUUGGAAACUUGGUUACCAUGAGAUGGUGGAACAAUAUCUGGCUCAAUGAAGGUUUUGCAUCUUAUUUUGAAUUUCUAGUAAUGAACUACUUCAAUCCUAAAUUCCCAGGAAAUGAGGUCUUUUUUUCUAACGUUUUAUAUGACAUUCUCAGAGAAGAUCACGCCCUGAUGUCUAGAGCUGUAUCCAUGAAGGUGGAAAAUUUCACAGAAACGAGUGAAAUCAAUGAGCUCUUUGACUUGUUUACUUACAAUAAGGGAGCGUCUAUGACCCGGAUGCUUUCUAGUUUCCUGAAUGAGAAUUUAUUUAUCAGCGCACUUAAGUCAUAUUUGGAGACAUUUUCUUACUCAAAUGCUGAGCAAGAUGAUCUAUGGAGGCAUUUUCAGAUGGCCAUAGAUGACCAGAGUAAAAUUGUUUUGCCAACAACAGUAAAAAGUAUCAUGGACAGUUGGACAUACCAGAGUGGCUUUCCAAUCAUCACCUUAAAUGUAUCUACUGGUGUCAUGAAACAGGAGCCCUUUUAUCUUGAAAAGGUUAAAAAUCAGACUCUUCUCACCCACAAUGACACAUGGAUUGUACCUAUUCUUUGGAUGAAAAAUGGAACUACACAGUCUUUAGUCUGGCUAGAUAAAAGCAGCAAAUUAUUCCCUGAAAUGCAAGUUUCAGAUUCUGAUCAUGACUGGGUGAUUUUAAAUUUGAAUAUGAGUGGAUAUUAUAGAGUUAACUAUGAUAAAUUAGGUUGGAAGAAAUUAAAUCAACUGCUUGAAAAAGAUCCUAAGGCUAUUCCUGUUAUUCACAGACUGCAGCUGAUCGAUGAUGCCUUUUCCUUGUCUAAAAACAAUUAUAUUGAGAUCGAAACAGCACUUGAUUUAACCAAGUACCUUGCUAAAGAAGACGAAAUCAUAGUAUGGCAUGCAGUUCUGGUGAACCUGCUACCCAGGAAUGUUGUUUCUGAUGUGAGCGACUAUGAUAUAUACACAUUAUUAAAGAAGUAUCUAUUAAAGAGACUUACAUCAAUAUGGAAUAUUUAUUCAACUAUAAUUUGUGAAAAUGUGGCAGCAUUGCAAGAUGACUAUUUAGCCUUAAUAUCACUGGAAAAACUUUUUGAGGCUGUAUGUUUGUUGGGCCUUGAGGACUGUCUUCAGCUGUCAAGAGAACUCUUCAAAAACUGGAUGAACCAUCCAGAGAAUGAAAUACCUUAUCCAAUUAAAACUGUGAUUUUAUGUUAUGGCAUUGCCUUGGGAAGUGAUAAAGAAUGGGACUUUUUGUUAAAUAUCUACACUAAUAACACAAAGGCAGAAGAAAAGUUUCAACUUGUUUAUGCAAUGAGCUGCAGUAAACACCCAUGGAUACUUAACAGAUAUAUGGAAUAUGCCAUCACUACAUCUCUGUUUGAUUUUAAUGAAACAAAUGUAAUUGACAUUGUGGCAGCAUCUGAAGUUGGCCGGUAUGUCGCAAGAGACUUUUUAGUCAACCAUUGGCAAGCUGUAAGUGAGAGAUAUGGAACACAAUCACUGGUUACACUGAUGUAUAUAAUAGGGAGAACCAUAAGCACAGAUUUACAGAUCAUGGAGCUGCAGCAGUUCUUCAGCCCCAUGCUGGAGGAGCACCAGAGGCUCACAGCUCAUGCCAAAUUACAGGCAAUAAAGAACGAAAAUCUGAAAAACAAAAACCAAAGUGCCAGGAUAGCUGCGUGGCUACGGAAAAACACAUAAUUUAGCGGCUACUUUUGGCGUCCUUCUUUGUAUAUUAUAAUGUAGUUUGCUGACAGCUUUGUCUUCCAACACUUUGGGAGCCUACAGGACCACAUGCUUUGUUAUUUGUAUUUCAGUCGCAUUUACUACUCCGAGCCCUGUUCCUCCGCGUUGUCACCUUGGCUCCGAGGAGCUCGCCAGCACUGCCGCAUUUCUGGGGAAGAUUUCACUUCCAGUUGGGCUAUAAAACCACAGAAUUUACUUUAAAUGCCUUGUAAGAACAA